GUCAAAUUCAUUGGAUAGUGUAUUCCUUCUUGUGUAGGGUAUACACUCAUUAGGGACGAACACUUUAUGUUGCCUGGUUGAGCGGAAGUAAUUUUUACAGAUAACGAACAACACUGCGAAAUAUCCCGCACGCUGCCCUUACUGAUGCAUACGUGCGAGAACUUUUAGUUCUCAUGAAUUUUUGUUCUUGCGCAUUGAGCUUGAAAGGCACGAAGGCGCGUGCUUGCAUUGUUGGGGACCUCUAAGUUACAGGCAAACUUUCGGUGGGCAACCGCUCCCGAUGGCGCACUGCCUGAAGCAUAAAGGCAAUUACAGCGAUGAGUUCUGGAUGUUUAGCUUUAAGGUCGUGCCGUGCACGAAGAGCUAUGCGCACUCGUGGUCAAGUUGCCCGUGCGCACAUCCGGGCGAAACAGCUCGUCGCAGAGAUCCAACGCUGUUUAACUAUCAACCAGUCCUUUGUCCCAAUGUAAAAUCGAAAACGGGAUGUCCGGCCGGCGACGCUUGCGGCUACGCUCACAACGUGUUUGAACAGUGGCUGCACCCGCAAAGGUACAAGGCCCUGAUGUGCACGUACGGCAGCCAGUGCACCCGGCCCUCCUGCUUCUUCGCUCACAGUCUGGAGGAGCUCAGAGUGCCCUGGAAGGGCGGCCCCGGCGGCAGCGCCCCAGGAGCAGGAGCCGGCGGCGACCCGCAACAGCAGCAGCAGACGGGGGCCUUGGGCUCGAUGGGUAGCGCUAACGAUGGCGGCGGGGACUCGUCUUCCUCGUUGUUGAAGUUGGCGUGUGGUACGGGUAUUAGCAGCGCGGGCGAGGGUUUGCCAGGGGAUGCGACUGCUGCUGCUGGGGUGGUGGGAGGGUUGGUGAGGCCGGGGUCGGCGGCAGCAGGGGUGGAGUGGCAGCGGAUGGCGAUGCAGGGAGCAGCAGCAGUUGGGGGUGGGGGUGGUGGCGGCGGACCACUGCAGCAACCGCAGCAGCAACAACAACUGCACCCUGGGGGCUCGCUCCACAACUUGUCCCCGGACUCAAUGCAGCAGCUGCAGCAGCAACUCUCCAUGCAGCAACAGCAGCAACAACCGCUGCAGCAGCAGCAGCAGCGGCGCCCACACGGCACCGUUUCCAGCUCGGGUGUGGCGCCUCCCGGGCCGCCCUCCACACGCCACUCCAGCUUGGGCGGUCUGCACAACCCGGGAUCCGCACCCAACCCCUUUGACCUCGAGGCCAUGGGUUCAGGCUCCUUUGACGGGAACAACAACGCCUGCAUGUCGCUCGUGCAACCCCUGCGCCCUCACCUCUCCACAUCCGGCCCGCUGUUCCGCUGCUCUUCUAACAACAGCAGCAGCGUGUUUGCAGGCUACGGAGAUGAAGGCAUGAUGCUUGGGGGGCAGGGCAGCUCGGCUGCGGCCGUCGCUGGCGGCGGCGGCGGCAACAGCGCCUUGCAGGGCGGUCAUUCCACCUCACUCUCCGGCACGCUGCUCGUGCCUGGAAGCUCCAUGGGCGCAUCCGGAAUGGACGGCGUGUUGCCGCCGUCAGAGCCUUCCUCCGCUGCAUCUCUGUACGCGGCUGGGUCCAGCAGCCACCAGCAGCAGCAUCUGUCGCUGUCUGGGCUCGCGUCACUUGGGAUCUAUGUUGGCGGAGGCAGCGUGGGUGGCGGAGGCAGCAGCCGAGGUCUUGGCAACGGUCUCGGGCUCGGCAGCGGACCGAGCAGCGGUAACAAUGAACUGCUGGGACAGCAGCAGGGGUCAGGGAAUGGCAGGCCUGCUUCGUUGAAGCUGGGGGGAUCCCCGCAGUUGCAGCAGCACCUGCAGCAGCUGCAUCACCACCAGCAGCUGCAGCAGCUGCAUGGGGUCCACAGGCUGGGGGGUGGUCAGGCGAUGCCUGCUCAGCAGCAGCAGCAGCAGCAAACCGGAUCUCAGCCAGUAGGCAGGCAGUCCCUGCUCGGACAGGGGCCACAGCAGCAGCAGCAUCAGAACUGGAAGCAAUCCCUUCCCGGGUCGGGUUCAGGAGUUUGCUCGCAGCAGCAGCAGCUUGCAGGUGCUGGGGUACAUGUGCAGACCCAUGGGUCGGUUGACGGUGCAGCGGCCCCCUUGGACUUUUCCUUGGCUGCUGCUGCCGGUGGGGCGGCGGGCGCCUCCUCAGCGCUGGGACACUCCUCCGCGAACCUUGUGGAUAUGGUAAUCGAAGAUGCAGAGGCGGCAUCCCAGUCAGGUGGCCUGGCCAGCUGGAUGCCCCUCUCCGCCAGCGGCAGCAGCGGUCAGGAGGUGGAGCCCCUCGCCGGCUUCGGCCAGCAGGCACACCACCCGUUCACCCACUCGCAUCAGCUGCCGCAGCAGCCGCAGCCAUUCCUAAAGCAGCCACACCAGCAGCAACUGCAGCAGCUGGGCCCGCAGCUGCCUGGGGGCGAGCAGAUGCGCAUGCAGAUGCAGCACAUGCAGCUGUCGGGGGCUGCAGCAACGCACCACCCGUACCAGGAGCAGCAGCAGCAGAACUUGCAGCAGUCACAGCAGCAGCAGCAGCAGCAGCUCUUCAUGAAUGGGGCGGCAUCAUCGGGUCAUGAGGCGGGUGGGGAUGGCGGCAAUCAGCAGGCCCUGUUCGCCUCCGCCGACGCCGCCAGCCGACUCGCCUUCCGCCGCCCUGCCAGCUCGUCCCUUCCCACCCUCCUCAUCCCCUCGCCAACAGACCUCUCCUCCCCCCACCAAGCCGCUGCUGCAGCCGCCGCCGCCGCUGCUGCUGCUGGCGGUGGCUCCCUCCAAACACCCGCUGCUGCUGCUGCUGCUGGCUCUGCAGCCGCAUCUGCAGCGGCAGCAGCGAGGAUUGACCCGGAGGUCGAGACGUUGCUGCUUUCCUCACUUCAGCUGCAACUCAACCACGCCGGCGUCGCCUCUCACCGUGCCGUUGCCUCUUUCCAGGCUCGUGAUUGGCUGCGUCAGGCCCUCCAAGGACGCGGUCAGGUGGCCACGCGUGCUUUUUUGGUGGAUCUGCUUGCGCAGUACAUGCCGGCAGAUCAGCUGGUCGUCGUACGGCGGUUGUUGGAUUGCCUGGAUGAUGCGGGCAUGCUGCUGAGCUGCUUUGCGGGG